CACAGAUGAUGCUCUACAAAGCAUCUCAUCGUUCGGCAACAUCACGUUGCCAGAGAUGAUACAGUGCAGUCUUUUGGACGACUUGAACGUGCCUUGGGGAUCACAUAGCUAUGUGGACUCAUCCGAGAACAUGUUCCAUGUGGUAUCCAAAGAAGGGGAUACUAUGAAGAGUGCUCGGGCACCGAUGAAGUACCAUCAGGUCUUGCAUACGUUGAGCUACAAGAUUGAACUCUACAAGGGUAUCCUCAACCACCUUAGGGGCGAAGAAGUGAUCAACGUUAAUCCUUUCAAGCUCACUUGCACACAAACGCGAGUUUGUGUGCUCAUUUUCUACCUCUUUCAGGUCCGCGAUGAAUACAUCGCCGAGAUGGAAGACCCUUCGGCUGACAGAAGCCCAACACUUGAGUAUCACGUUUGGCUUCACUACACUGGCGGAUCAUUUAGUUGUAAGGCGGCCCGAGACUUACAAUCACUUCAUGGAGUCACCUUUGAUGUGGUCAAGUCAAAUGAGCGAUCCAUCUUUGACGAAA